AUGUCACAUUGCACUGUGAAUAUCCAAGGCAAGGAGUAUCGCAUCGUUUUAAAUGAGGGCGUAUGCAAGGUUUUGGAUGAUGUCGCCAUGCAUUUGAGUAGUCACGAGGUGAGGCAAGAGAUGUGCCGGAUUCUCGAACAGUUGCCGUCAUUCAUUAGCGUCUGUCAGUUUCCGGAGAUCGCCUGCCUCACUGACAAGCGCCAACUCAUGUACCACGCCAACAAUCUGUUGUCCAUCACAGACCAGGAUCUGCUGAAGCUGACGUUUGGCGAAUUUCCAGGUGCCUUCCUCUUUCAGGCAGCUGGAAUUCUGAAGUCGCGUGAGUCACUUUGGAGUUGGUUAUCUUGA